UGGCGCCCAAUUGUAGGCCGGGGAUUAGCAGGCGACGAAGUAUGAGGAAGUAGCGUCCUUGGUAAAUGUUUGUGGGCAUUUUGGAAGUAGUUCGGUGACAGCCGGUUAUCCUGUGUCAGGGUGCUCGUGAGACGCCGGUAAGGGAUACAACUGAGUAAGCUGGAGGGACUGCGCGUUAUCAUUCUCGACUGCUAAGUGUGACUGUUGAGUGGAACAAGUUGACUUGGGAAUAUAGAAAUACUCCAGGGCUUCGCCCAUUUGAGAGGAAGCACAAGUGAAAGUAAUCGUGUAGGAAAACUGAACAUGGCAUCAGAAGCUGAGCAGGAGACACAGCUCUGUGGGAAUUGUAAACGUGACAUUCCUCUGUCCAAUUUCACCAUCCAUGAAAUCCACUGCAAGCGGAACAUCAGUGUCUGUGAUGUGUGCAAAGAGCCUGUGCCAACUGCAGACAUGGAGGAGCACCUGGUCACCGAGCACGCACCGGUGACCUGUAAGUGUAAAAUGACAAUGGAGAAGAGUGUUCUGGAAGAACAUGAGCUUUCCGCUUGCCCUCUGCGUUUAGCUAAAUGCCAGUUCUGUGAGCUGGAACUUGCAUUCAAUUUGCUGGCAGGCCACGAGGACUACUGUGGAGCCAGGACUGAGCGCUGUGAGAAGUGUGGGCGCAGUGUGAUGAUAAAGGACCUGAAUGAUCACCCUGAUGUGUGUGGCAAAGAGAGCGUCCCAAAGAAGCCUUUGUUAAACAGCGGAGCCUGGUUUGAUGCUACACAGAAUGAUCUUUUGCAUGCCAUAUUACCAUCUCGAUUUUACAGAAAUCCCAUGUUAACACCAUCACUGCAAAAUCUUCAUAGAGGAGAAGGACAGAACAAAGCUCUAAAGCAAACAAACCUGACGAGAAAUAUCCCAGCAAGGGGACAAGAGCCGUUCUCAAAUCGGAGAGAUUUUCGUUCCAUUUAUAGAAAUCAAGGACACUCUGGAUUGAGCUCUUUUCGUCCUCCGAGAUUUCAGAAUGAGAUUGGUUCCAGUGUAGACCCUGAUACUGAUCUUUCAGCCAAUGUCAAUUCAUGGAGAGCAUUUGAUUCCAAAGACAAAGUUGCUAAGUACCGUGACUGGCAAAAGGAUUCCAACCUUUUCUGUGAUGAUAAAACUGUGGAAGCUGAUUCACCAAGCACUCAGACAGAGACUGAACUUGGCCUUCCAUGUGAAUUCUGUGAAAAGCUUUUUCCUGCAGAGGACCUUAUACUGCAUCAGUCUGGUUGCAAUCCUCGCAUCUUUGCUUCUUUCUGUGAUCGAAGACCCGCUCCCACCAACUUUUUGGAUUUUGAACGUGAGCAGUAUGUACGGCCUGCAUCCCCACCAUCUUCUGUGCACAUACCCAACAACAUUCGCAUCCCUUGUGAAUUCUGUGGUGUACAAAUGAAGCAGGAGGAUCUAGUGCGUCAUGAGUCUGGCUGCAAUCCUGCUGCUUUUUCUCCUUUCUUCAAUCAAAGUUCCCCUUCUACUCGCUUUUUGGAUUUGGAACAAAAUAGGAUAGAACAGCCACAUGACAGAAACAUACGCCCCGUAUCCCCACCACCUUCUGUGGACAAAUCCAGCAACAUUCUGAUCCCCUGUGAAUUCUGCAGUGUACUAAUGGAGGAAGAUGUUCUCUUUAAUCACCAGGACCAAUGUGACAUGUGCCCAAAUUCUGAAGCUGUGGCUAAAUUUGUAACGUCUGUGUUUCCAAGUCCAAGGGAAUGUAAUGAUCUGCAGGAUCGGUUAUUGGCAUCUGAUGACCUGUUUCCCCAAGGACGCACUGCUCCAAGUCAUACCAAAAACACUGGUCGGCCAUCACGUUCUGUACCUGCGAGUUUCCUAGAGGGGGUCCCAACUGAACAGCCUUACGUACCCAGGGUGCCAAGAACAGGCUUUGGUACACACCACAUAAAUGUCGAUGAGAGUAAAAGAAACAUUGAGACGAAUUCCCGACACCGAAACACUUUUGAUUCAAUUUACACCGCCCCCUUGCAUGGAGGGUUACAUUCCAGGAAUGUAAAACAAUUUACAGCAACAGCAAGCAACACUGGCAGCUCCAGAAACAAAGCCAAGGAGAAGAAGCUGCCUGGAGAUGUUGUUAAGGAAGAAUGACACGAGCAGCCUGCUUGACUUGUUCCUGACCUUCAUAUGCAGAAUUAUCUCUCUAUAGCGUGAAAGAGAGAGAUUUCUUUUUCUGUGCCUAGAAAAGAUAUGCAGAAUUGUUUUUUUUUUUUUUAUACAGAAACGACUUUACUGAUUCUUUUUUUGUGUUUGUGUGUGUAUAUAUGUGUGUACAUUUAUGUGUUAUGUAAUGAGAGAGAGCACAUUUAUUGGUAUCCAGGGUCUUCUAAUUUCUCAGAAAUCUGUUUAUCUGUAUGCAUUAUGUAUGCUAGCAUUAGUACAAGUCUCCCUCUCACCACAUAAGUCACAAAAAAAGCACUUCUCAUGUCUCAAUGUAAAGUGUUCAACUAUGAGCUACACGAUCUCCGUCUGUUGUUCAACUACAUCAGCUAAGGGCAUUUGUCGAGGGCAAGAUGAAGAGCGUGGGCAGAAAAGGCCGCGAUGGAUAAACGGGCAGAUCCAAUCAUGUUGCUGCAUUACUGCUUUUGUGUUUAUUUACAUUUCUCUUUUCAUAUGCUGCUUUUCUUGGUAUCCAUAUUGGAAUAUGGGUCUGAGUUUUUAAAGGUGUAUUGGUAUUCUACUGUUAGGGUAAAUAAGGGUUUGCACAAAAUGCAUUAAACUUAGCCUAUGUAAGUGAUUUAAACGGACAUUAAAUUUUGAUCAGAUAAAACAA